GCAAAACGCAACAAGUGGUCAACAAGUGGUGCAGGUACUGAUUGGAAGACUGCAACACGGAGAUGUUCAUGCUAUUAAAGGAGGGGAUAAUUAUUUGUUAGCUAGCUAAUUCUACUGAAAUCAUCCGUCCCAAAUGAACAAUAAUGCUCCUUGAUGUUUGAAGCUAGCUUUUAGUUACCUAACCAGUACUCUGUGGGUUAGAAGUGUUGUGGCUAGCACUUGCAGUUAGCUUGUAACUGUGUAUUCGUGGUAGAUAUUUCAGCCAGCUAACGUUAGCAAACUAUGGACGUCUACACCAAGGCAAUAUUUUGCUCUUUUUGUAGCAAAUAGCUAAGGCAGCUAAUCAUUUGGUCAGCAUUUGUUUUUGUAGCAAAUAGCUAACGUUAGCAUAGGUAGAAAAUGAGUUCAGCUCAAGAGAACCGAGAGGAUGGCGUCCCUCCAGACCGUGGAAUUGAAGAAGUGGAUGGAGGUGACAGUGCUGGCAGUACCAGUGGUAGACAGGAGUCAGAGACGUGCCUUGGCACCAACGAAAUAAAGAGCCGUGCUGUGGUGAAGUACUCUGCUGCGCCUCCACCCACUACCUAUGCAUUGCUACAGGAAAAGACGGACCUGAAACUGCCUCCUGCCAACUGGCUCCGGGAGAGUCCCCAACUUGGGCCGGCAGGGUCCACUGUACUUGGGUCCAGCAGCAAGAGCAAGCCUUUCUCCAGUUUUGGGAUGGCUUAUGACUUCAUUGAUUCCAUUGGGGACGAUGUUGAUGUUGUGUCAGACUCUGAGAACAUAAAGAAGCUGUUGAAGAUCCCCUAUAGUAAGUCCCAUGUUAGUAUGGCCGUCCACCGCGUGGGAAGGACACUCCUCCUGGAUGAACUCGACAUUCAGGAGCUCUUCAUGAGGUCUUCUCAGACAGGAGAUUGGACAUGGCUGAAGGAGUUUUACCAGAGGCUAAUAGACCAGAAGUGGCAGAGGAAAAAGAAGAGUAAAGAACACUGGUACCAAAAAGCAAUCCUUUCCAAGUUCCUCUACUACAGUAUAAAUGGUGAUGGAGCUGCAGAGCCUGUCCCGGACUCUGACAACCCAGAGGAGAGAGAUGAUGAGUGUGGAGCAGAGGAGUUUGGUCCCUCCUGGCCCGCUACCUUCACCAACACUGCUUCCGACUCGGAGGAGUCUGCCGCACACAAAGAGGAAAGUGCUCCACUGGACAGCAAAUAUGCACUGGGACAAGUAGCUUCCAAAGAACAGAACCUAGCUACACUAUUUAAUGAGGGGGAGAACAGUCAGGGUUUGAGGAAUGACUUUGUGAGGAACAUCUUGUGGACAUUUGAGGACAUCCACAUGCUGGUGGGGUCCAAUAUGCCUAUCUUUGGAGGAGGACGCUACCCAGCUGUCAGCCUUCGGCUCAGGGAUAACAACAAGCCAAUCAACAUUCUCACGGGUAUUGACUACUGGCUGGACAAUCUGAUGUGCAAUGUUCCAGAGCUUGUCAUGUGCUUUCAUGUCAAUGGCAUCGUCCAGAAAUAUGAGAUGAUAAAAACAGAGGACAUCCCUGAUCUGGAAAACUCCACCUUCUCAACCAGGGUUGUAAAAGACAUCGCCCAGAACAUUCUGUCCUUCCUUAAGUCUAACUGCACCAAAGAGGGCCACACCUACUGGCUCUUCAAAGCUAGUGGAAGUGACAUUGUAAAACUAUAUGACCUCACCACGCUCUGUGAGGAAGCAGCAGAGGAGAAAUGCCAGAACCCGUUCACCCUACCUGUGGCCGUGCUUCUUUACAAGGUGGCUAGCAACAUGAUGCUAAAGAAGAUCCAGAACAGGAAGCACUAUGGGACAAUCAGAACGUUGCUCCUCAACUGUGUCAAGCUCCUGGACCAGGACAGGCACCCACAGAUUAUAGCGUCCGCUCACUACAUGCUGGCAGAGCUUUUCCAGUUAGACGAGCCUCCAGAAGAGGGAGUUGGGGGAGAUUCCCUGCCGGCUGGGGGCUCAGAGGACAGCUACAGUGACGAUGAAGAGGAUCCAGAAGACCUACCAGAGGACAGUGAUGAGAACGGCUGCUGUGGUACCACUUCGGACCCACAGGAUGACAGCAAAGCUGUAGCCAUCAUCAAAUCAGUGGGGGAACUGUCAGUUCCAGAGAAAUACAAAUCUACUCACCAGAUCAGGCCAAUUUAUGCAUUCCCUGUCUCUCAAGACAAGGAGGAAAGAUGUCGGCACGUCCUUAGCUACGUCCUAAAGGGCCUGAAAGCAGUAGAUGGCAGCAUUAAGAAGGAGAGUGACCUGCCAGCUGCUGACCCAAACACCCCAAUCCCCCUGAAGUAUGAAGACGGGAGUAAGGAUGUGGAGAAAGGGAUGGCGCUCCUCCUGGACAGAGGUCGGCCAUCACUGACCCAUCAAGCUGGUCCAUUCCAGGAGGACUUGAAGCAUCCCACCCGGUCAGGAAUGAUCCCCGGUUCCUGGCAGCAUCGUAUGAAGCAGCAGCUCUUCUUCAAGGCGUCCAAGGCCUACUACGUACUGUCGGACGCCGCCACCAACCUGCGCAAGUACGGCAGAGCCCUGCGCUACAUUAAACUGGCCCUGCAGUGCCACGACGCCUACUGUUCGGUGAGCAGUGUGUUGCACCCAAGGGUGUUGAUGUUCCACAGCCAGUGUCUGUCCCUGUGUGGGGACAUCCAGCUGAUGCUGGCCCAGAACGCCAGUAACCGCGCUGCCUACCUGGAGGAGUACAGCUACCAGACCAAGGAGGAUCAGGAGCUGCUGCACAGCCUCCACAGAGAGAGUAGCUGCCAGGAUCAGUCUGGCCUAUCUGACUGUCCCCCAGCCUUUAACAUGGCCACUGACCUGGCCACGGACCCAGAGUACCAGCUGUUCGUGAGCAGUAAGUGUUACGAGGCGGCCCACGAGCUGCUGACCUCCAGGGCGGUGAAGGAGCACGGGCCAGAACAGCUGGCCCAGGUGUUGAAGAGACUGGGCAACAUACGCAACGAGAUUGGAGUCUUCUACAUGAACCAGGCCGCCGCCAUGCAGACCGAGAAGGAAGUGAAGAAGGCUGUGUCUGUAGCUGAGCAGGAGAUGUGGAAGAAGAGUUUCUCGUGCUUUGAGAAGGGCAUGAAGGACUUUGAGGCUAUUAAAGACAGCACCAACACCUCCCUGCUGCUGUGCAACACGGGCAGACUGAUGAGGAUCUGCGCCCAAGCCCACUGUGCCGUGUCUGACGACCAGAGCAGAGGAGAGUUCUCCCCAGAAGAGGCUCUCUAUUACAACAAGGCUAUAGACUACUACCUGAGGGCUAUGCGAUCCCUGGCCACCAGAGAGAACCACCCUGCAGUGUGGGACUCUGUCAACUGGGAGCUGUCCACCACAUACUUCACACUGGCCACGUUGCUGCAAGACUACGCUCCUCUGUCCAGAAAGGCCCAGGAACAGAUUGAGCGGGAAGUUACCGAGGCCAUGCUGAAGUCCCUGAAGUACUGUGACCUGCAGACUGAGUCGGCCCGACAGCCCCUCUACCAGUACAGAGCUGCCACCAUCCACCACCGCCUGGCCUCCAUGUACCACAGCUGCUUCCGCAACCAGGUGGGGGAUGAGCACCUGAGGAAACAGCACAGGAGCCUGGCCGAGCUUCACUACACCAAGGCAGCCCGCCUCUUCGUCAGCCUGAAGGACGCACCCUGUGAGCUGCUUCGCACGCUGCUGGAGAGGGUGGCCUUUGUCGAGUUCACCAUGGCAGGUCAGAGCAGCAGUGGGGCCAAGCUAAAGACCCUGACAGGGGCCCUGGACAUCCUGAUGGAGACUCAUCACGCCUUCCUGCUUGUCCGUAAAGAGCUGCUAGAGGAACAAACGGCGAGAGACAGCCAAGAGUCGCCAGAAACCCCUGACAGUGGUGCCGAUAGUCCCACCUCUUUAGGGCUGAACAGAAAGGAAGUGAUGCAGCUGAUUGGUGUCUUUGAGCCCAGUUUCUCCUUCCUGAUGCUGCAGCUGGUCAAGCUGAUGACGGGCAUGAAACGCAAACCAAGCAAUAAGGACGAGGACCUUCUGAAGACUUAUAAGAAUGUUUACUCAAAGCUACUACGUGCUGAAAAGACUGCUCCGCUCCUCAGCCGCGUUGACCUUUUUCUCGACCUCCUGCAACAACUGAUCCAGCAGACAGGAAGUGGUGACCAUGGGGCAUCGUCAUGACAGCAUUGAAAAUAACACAGAAAUCUGCUCAAGUACACCUGCAAUGUGAAAGCUUCACUAGCCGUGCCUUAUUACUUGUUCUACCACAUAUCUUCACUCCUUUGGCAGAUUUAUUAGAAUUACUCACAUCACAUUUUCAGUGGAAUAUGUUUUCAAAUCCUCUUUACAACACUAUAUGUAAAAAAAAAAUACUGAACUAAUUGACAAAUGUGUCAACGUUUCGAGUAUUGUUAUUUUAAUGGGAUUGGGUCUUAUAAACCUGAAUUAUAGUAAUUAUGAUGUGAAGAAACAGGGUCAGAAAGGCAUUUUCAGGUUACAGAAACUGAAAUAAAGUUCACGUUACAACUUGUCAAAAUGACUAUGUGCAAAAGCAUGCAGGCAAUGUUCAAUGCAAACUCUCCAUUUAACGGAUGUGUACAGGUUGCUGUAUUUAUUUGAAUGUGCGCCAGCAUGUUUGCCCUGAUUUGAAAUAAAAGUUUGAAUGAUAUUUCUGA